GAAUCUUAGAAAUGUCCUAAAAUCCUAGGAACAGCCUAAAGUCCUAGAAAUGUCCCAAAACAGUAGAAAUGUCUGCCAGUUGUCUCUAUAAAUAUGCAAAAAUCCUAGAAAUGUCCUUAACUCCUAUAAACAUGUAUGGGGCUGCUGCUACUGGCCCCUGGCCUCCUGACAUUUUCCAUAAGUGGCCCCAAACAUAGCAAGUUGAGUAUCCCUGUUUAGAGGGUCUCUUUCCCUGCCCCCCAAGUUGAUUUUGAGUGACUGGUAGUCUACAGGCUCUUUUUUCCUCUGCUGAGGAGAUGGGAAAUACUCCGGUGACAGCAUUGUUCAGGUUUCUCUGCUCUCCUCCAGCACUUGACUUUACUCUGAUUUGAGGAAGAGAGGGAGAGAGAGAGAGAGGGAGAGAAGAGGGGGGUGGAGGAGUGGUGAUUGAGCGCAAAGGGGGCAGGACUUUUUCUCUCCGGGUCCUAUUAAGAGCAAACUUUGUGUUUUUGUUCUCCAAGUUCAGCUCAGUGCUCUCCAGCCUGCACACUGUUCCUCUCUGCUGCUGUGCUUUUUCCAUUUUUUUCUCCUCAAUGGUUUUGUUUGCUCGCCUGUUGGUUACUACUGUGACUGUUUUCAUGGGGGAUUUGGACAGCGGGAGGAUGCGCUUUUUGGAAGAGCACAUAAAAGUUGUCUCUUCGAGGUUGUUUUAGUGGAUACUUUGAUGUGUUUCGGGUUGAACAAUGGUGCGGAUCCUUGGAGCUGUGGCCGAGGGCAUGCUCUGGUUUCGGCUACUGUUGCUGUGCGCAGUGGAGUUGGAGCUGGGAGCUGGGCUGACUACUUUCCAGGGUUUCUAUCUUCCACCUGCCAACGGGUCGCUGCUCACACCUGCCCGGAGGACGGACGGGGUGGUGCGGACCAUUGACCGGAUUUACCACGGAGGAGGGAAGGUGGGCUACCUGGUGUACCUGGAUGGGAGCCGGUUUCAGCUGGACAUGGAGCGGGACGAGUCGGUGCUGUCGCAUCACUUCAGCUCCCAGUAUGUGCGGGCGAUGAUGGGAGAGAGCCCUCUGCAGCGCGAGUGCGCAUACCGCGGGACAGUGGACUCCAACCCGGAGUCCCUGGCUGUUUUCAACCUCUGCGGCGGCGGGGGUCUCGAGGGCUUCUUCGCCGUGGACCACGCGCGCUACACUAUCACGCCUAUCAUCAGGGCGAAGGGACACGAGCACGACGUGCGCGCCCUGCAGGACAAAGACGCGGAGAGCGCGCUCCAUGUCUUCACGCGCGAGAGUUUCAGCUUUGAGGCUAUGCGCGAGGGGCGCGAGAGUUGCGGGACGCGAGACGGGCGUAGGGGACGCAGGGAUGCGGCGGGCAAACGCCGGCUCAGAGCGCGCGGGAAGGGGAGACGGGACAGGCUCGCGGCGGAGAGCGCAGGUGACCAUGGCGCGCGCGGGCGAACGUGGUGGAGCCGGCUCGCCAAAGCUGCCGCUCCGCAGGCUGGCACGCGAAGUAAGAGGUCUGUGUCCCGCGCCAGACACGUGGAGCUGCUCCUGGUGGCCGACGACACCAUGACCAAGAAAUACGGCAAGGACUUGAACCACUACCUGCUCACACUGGCCUCCAUCGCCUCUAAACUGUACGGGCACGCGAGCAUCGAGAACCCCAUCCGGCUGUCGGUGGUCAAAGUGACCGUGGUCACCGAGAAGGAGAAGGGGCUCGAGGUGACCAAAAAUGCCGCUGCGACGCUUAAGAGUUUUUGCAAGUGGCAGAACCAGCAGAACCCGCUGGACGACGACCACCAGCACCACCACGACGCCGCCAUCCUCUUCACCAGGCAGGACCUCUGUGGCCACCACUCCUGCGACACUCUGGGCAUGGCGGACGUCGGCACCAUCUGCUCUCCAGAGAGAAGCUGUGCCGUCAUCGAGGACGACGGGCUUCACGCUGCAUUUACUGUUGCGCAUGAGAUCGGUCACCUGCUCGGCUUGUCCCAUGACGACUCAAAGUUCUGUGAAGAGCGUUUCGGAGUGAACAGCGACAAGCGGCUCAUGUCAUCCAUCCUCACCUCCAUUGACGCCUCCAAACCGUGGAGCCGCUGCACCUCGGCCACCAUCACAGACUUCUUUGACGAUGGAAACGCCGAGUGUCUCCUCGACACUCCCCGCCAGCCCCUGCUUGGUUCUGAGGAGCUCCCAGGUCAGAGCUACGACGCCGUCCGCCAGUGUCGCCUCGCCUUCGGCCCGGAAUACACCGUCUGCCCGGGCAUGGACGUGUGUUCUCGCCUGUGGUGCGCUGUGAUUCGCCAGGGACAGAUGGUGUGUCUAACCAAGAAGCUGCCGGCCGUAGAGGGGACGCCCUGCGGGAAAGGACGCAUCUGCCUGCAGGGAAAGUGUGUGGACAAGACCCGCAAGAGACACUACUCGGCGUCCAACCACGGCAGCUGGAGUUCGUGGGGUCCUUGGGGUGCGUGCUCCAGAACUUGCGGAGGCGGGGUGCAGUUCGCCCAACGCCUGUGUAACAACCCGCCACCACGGAACAACGGACGCUACUGCACAGGGAAGAGAGCCAUCUAUCGGUCCUGCAAUGUCACACCAUGUCCUGCAUCAAAUAAGAAUUUCAGGCAGGAGCAAUGUGAAGUGCGCAAUGGCCCCCAGACAGAUCCUAAAGGGGUGAAGACGUACGUUGAGUGGGUGCCUAAGUACGCAGGAGUCCUCCCUAAAGAUGUGUGCAAGCUCACCUGCAGAGCAAAAGGAACGGGAUACUAUGUGGUGUUCUCUCAGAGAGUGGUAGACGGUACAGAGUGUCGUCCUUACAGCAGCUCGGUGUGCGUCAAAGGGAAGUGUAUACGGACAGGCUGCGACGGCAUCAUUGGCUCCAAGCUGCAGUUUGACAAGUGUGGUAUAUGUGGAGGUGACAGCACAGGAUGUAUACGAGUUGUGGGCAACUUCACCAAGAAGAGUAAGGGCUACACUGACGUGGUGAAGAUCCCCGCAGGCUCCACCCACAUCAAGGUCCGUCAGCACAAGGCCAAGGACCAGACCCGCUACACCGCCUACCUGGCCCUCAGACGGCCCAACAACGAGUACCUCCUAAACGGCAAGUUCAUGAUCUCCACCUCCGAGACAAUCAUCCCACUCAACGGUUCUGUGCUCAACUACAGCGGCUGGAGCCAAAGGGAUGAGUGGCUUCACAGCAUGGGCCCCGGGGCCCUCCAAGAACCCUUGGUGGUCCAGAUUUUAGCAACAGAUGCUAAAAAGCCCUUGGAUGUUCGUUACAGCUUCUUCAUGCCCCGUCGGACAGCCCCGCAGCAGCCGCCGUCAGCUCCACUCAUCCCCAACCCAAAGUCGACCCCUCUGCAGAGCACUACCACAACUACAACAAGAACCACCACCACCAGAAGCACCACUACAUCUUCUUCCACUCCACCUGUCCUGAUCCUGGGGCCACCAACAGCUCCAGUUCCCUCCACACCAACGCCAGGGCCCCACUGGGUAACAGGGUCCUGGAUGACCUGCUCCAGGACUUGUGACACUGGCUGGCAGAGCCGGACGGUGCAGUGUAAGGACCAAGAUGGGAAACUGUCCAAGGGCUGCACUUUAGGCGCCCGACCCUCCGCCUUCAAACACUGUCUGGUGAGGAAAUGUUGAGGCUGCAGGAGAAGGAACAGGACUUGUUAGACAAGAAACAAUUCGUAGUAAGAAGUUCAAUCUGUACAUCUGAUCUCAAGUGCUGGAUGUGGGACUACAGACCAAUGAACCUUAAACAGGACUGUGAAUGUCGGCGGAAAGCGCCUGGACCACACAGAGACAGAUUGUCAUGGAUGUACCUGACCAUAUGCCAGAGGAAUGUCCCAGAGUCACAGUAGCUAUGCAGAGCACGAGUAGAACGGAGGACAGUGUCCGUAAGACAGUGACAAGGUUGGCCCUGGCUUAGCUAAGGACUGAGUUGCAUGUCAUUUCCACAUGGACAGUAACUGAUUGUCUUUACUUCAGUCUCCAAACCUUGGAGGCUUAGUGUGUGUUGCCCUGUAAUGGCAUGCCUGUCGUGUUUUGUAUGCUAUUCCAUGUGUUCUAAUCACUGUGGGGACUUGGAAGUUGCACCCCUUUGUCUUUUUUCAUGAGUGCGUCCAAGACAAGAGCCUCAACAGUGGGAAGCAUCCGGUAUUCAACUUUUUGUAAUUUCUUGCCCUGUCCUACGUCCAUCAUAGUUCGUCCCGUAUUACUCUUUUAACUCAGUCACCGAACGGCUUAUAAAAUUCGUUAUGGGCAGAAUCUUGAGAAAACAGACUCACUGUAUGGGAGGCAAUCUUUGUAGCAACUGCCAUGACAUCAUGAAUGAUAAAAAUAUUGCACAAGAUGUCUCUUUCAAUAACCAACUUUAGUGCAUCUCUGCUGCAUUAUUACUAAAAAUGUUGGUCUCCUCACCUUCUGAUUGCCUACCAAUCUCUCAUCUUCUAAUUUCCAAUCAAUAUUCUCCCCGUAAAGAAUUUUAUGAGCCGCUCAGUAACAAAAAUGUCAACUUUACAAGAGAUGUACAUAUGUAUGAUGGUCCUGGAUCAGGAAUACACAUAUGCCCCAUCCGACAAAUUUCUGUUCAAACAAAAAUGCAAAAACACGAUGGAAGCACUGUCAAGAGCAUGCAAAAACAAACCACGGCGAUACAACUUUAACCCGAAAUCCACACAUAGAAAAAGAUGUUGGUCCUUUAAAGCUAUUACUGAACCUGGAGCAGUGACCUCUGUAGUGUACUCUGAUGCCUCUGUCCCUCAAUAUAGUAGAAAAAUAACUCUAGAUUUACAUAAAAACAUGUAAGAAGGCCACGUUAGCAAGUUGUGACGUAUGUGACCCCUCACAAUGGAGAAUACCGGGCCACCUCUGGUGUUACAAGCCAAAAAGUCCAGUUUUCCUGUCUACACAUCAACACCAUAGACUAUAAAAAAACUGACCUAGGGAUCAGUCUAUGGAGACUGACUCACUUUUGGUGCCACCCUCAAAUGGCCAUUCAAGAAACUCCAGUUUUUGGCUUCAUUUUUCAGCCCCGGAGGUUGCAGCUUCUGAGUUUUUUAAAAGAUUCAUAUUCAGUGACUUAAAAUGCAGUUUGUUUAUGGACAAAAGACCAAAACUGAUAGGAAAAGCUUUGUUCUCAAUUUAUACCUUUCUUCAUGUAGACUAGGUCUUUAUUUGACUAAUUUGUCCAGCUGAAAACACAGAGACAGCACAAGAGGAGGGGAAGAUUGAUCACAGACUUUCACAUUGUGGUGACUAUAAUGUGAAGACACAAAGACACGAGUCACCUGCACGGCGUAGAAACAGCAGUGUGGUGCGACAGGAUAAAAAGUGAGCAUAUGGUGGCCUUCAGAGGACAAGCUUUAGUUAAAGUGACGAAGGGGCAAAGUAACUUUGACACUCCUCAAUGUUUAUGGAGGUUAUUGAUGACGAACAGGUUUGGGGCAGUGCUUGAUUUUUGUUGUGUGCAUGUGCGUGUGCCUGUGCGUGUGUUUGUGUGUGUGUUUGUCUUCGUCAUGCACAUUCAUGUACCCAGGCCUGUGUUUUAAGCACAUACAGUAUGUACCGUGAACAUGUGCAUCUUGAAGCGUCUUCACUCUCAGCUCCGUUUGUAUCGGUCAUUAUGCUGGUGCUGGGAGGUUUACGAUCCUUACGUUCUAUCGUGAAGGUCAAUAUCUGUUUGUUUGUUUGUUUAUCUGUUUAGAAAGCAAUGCUAAUAUGACAAUGUGUGCCCUGGAUACUCGCAACGACAGCAAGGGAGAUACUAAUGCAGUCAUUAAUGUCCCUUUGCAAUUCAACUCUAUUCAUUCUCUUUCUUUCCAUCACUCAUUCUUUAUGUUACAUCCUGUAUUUGUUUUAACCUGUUUCCAACCCUGACAGGUGGUAUUUGCCACAUCACAACAAUUACGAUUAUGCCACAAAAUAGAUAAUUUUAAAGGACAGUUCACCCAAAAUGCAAAAAAAGAUCAUGAGUUUUGAGAGUGUGUGCCUGAAGCCCAGUAGAUCAAUCGUUCUUCUUUUUGGCGGUCACAGCUUUGAAAAAUUACUUUUCAGAUUUUCAGCAGAAACUUGUAACUCCAAAAACAACACCUCCUUUACUUCAGACAAUCCACAGACGUCACGGUCAACAACCUAUUUGAAACGAGUUUCUGAUGAAGUAGUAAUCAAUGACGACAGGGCAGCACUGAUACUGGAAAGUGAUAUUGCUGUUGAUUUAAAGGGACAGUACAUGUUGUUUCACUGUACAUGUUGUGCUUUUUAUCAAUCUAGAUAGUUUUAAUGUGUGUUGGGUGUUGGAGAUAUCGGUUGUAGAGAUUUCUGCCUUCUC